AGGAAGACCGUUCAGAAAGGAAAACUCAUGGAUUUCACAAGCACAGUCAUCAUCCCACUGCUUUUUGGCAGCUUGGGGAUCUUUGGCCUUUUUUGGCUACUGCAGUGGAUGCGCAUGCGAACCUACCUCCAGGAAGCCGUGGUUGUGAUCACAGGGGCUACCUCUGGCCUGGGAAAAGAAUGUGCAAAAGCCUUCCAUGCGGCUGGCUCCAAGCUGGUGCUCUGUGGCAGAGACAGCGAGAAACUCAAAGAGCUGGUGCAGCAGCUUUCCACCAUGACCAAUCACCGAAAGAACACACACAAACCUCACACUGUGGUAUUUGACCUCUCGGACACUAAAACUGUCCUAAAUGCUGCUGAGGAGAUCCUGAAGCACCAGGGCCACGUGGACAUACUGAUCAACAACGCAGGCGUUAGCUUCAGAGGCACCAUUGAGGACACAGGACUGGACGUGGACAAGAAAGUGAUGGAAAUAAAUUAUUUUGGUCCUAUAGCCCUCACCAAAGCACUUCUCCCCUCCAUGAUCAAGAGGAGACAAGGCCACAUUGUGGCCAUCAGCAGCGUUCAAGGCAAAAUAAGCAUUCCUUUCAGAUCCGCGUAUGCUGCCUCUAAGCAUGCUACCCAGGCCUUCUUUGAUUGUCUACGAGCAGAAGUGGAGCAGUACGACAUCGAUGUGACAGUUAUAAGCCCCGGAUACAUUCAGACGAACCUCUCUCUCAACGCUCUAACAGCAGAUGGAUCUCGCUAUGGAGUUAUGGACAAGAACACCGCGGAAGGACAGACAGCCGCAGAGGUCGCUCAGGUGGUGCUCCACGCGGUGGGACAGAAGAAGAAGGAAGUCCUUGUAGCUGGCCUGACACCCUCCCUGGCUGUCUACCUGCGAAACCUCUUCCCCAGGCUCUUCUUCACCUUAAUGGCAACGAGAGCAAGAAAGGAGAGAAAAGCGAAGGACUCUUAGAGCUCAUCUCAUCCGAGCGGUAACUGUAGGGAGAGGCCAAGCCCCUGCAGUUUGGCUGGGACAUCCCUGGAGGUGCUCCUGCAGGAAAAUCCUUUCUCAAAAUGCUGC